UACCUGUUCUGGCUUCUCACGUCUCCUCUUCUUCAUCCCCGAGCUCGCCGGCCGAUUUGGGUUGCGGGGGUUCUCGAUCUCUUGCUCAUUUCGGUAAGAAAUUAUAGUAUCUUGUUUAAUGAGGAGAUUUUGUAGUAGGGUUAGGAGAUGACGAUUGAAUCGAUGUCGGGGUGUUCCGUCAUGUUUAGUCCGCCAACGAAGAGGAAUAUUAGCUACUUCGGCAAUCGUUAUGUGCUCAGCCUGGCAGCUACUUCCGGCAUCGGCGGCCUUCUCUUCGGCUAUGAUACUGGAGUUAUAUCUGGGGCUCUCCUCUAUAUCAAGGACGAAUUUAAGGAGGUUAAUGACAGCAGUUUCUUACAGGAAACAAUUGUAAGUGUGGCAUUGUUUGGAGCGAUGAUUGGUUCUGCAGCUGGUGGGUGGAUCAAUGAUGUUUAUGGGAGAAAGAGAGCCACCCUUCUUGCGGAUGUCAUGUUUAUAAUUGGUUCUCUGGUUAUGUGUCUUGCCCCGUUUCCUUCUAUCCUCAUAGUUGGGAGGCUUCUUGUUGGCCUUGGUGUUGGAGUUGCUUCCGUAACUUCGCCGCUUUAUAUUGCGGAAGCAUCUCCUUCGGAAAUUAGAGGAGGAUUAGUGAGCACAAAUGUACUUAUGAUUACCGGCGGGCAAUUUCUAUCAUAUGUUGUAAACCUUGCUUUCACUGAGGUUGAUGGUACGUGGCGUUGGAUGCUUGGUGUUGCUGCCGUGCCUGCUAUUCUCCAGUUCUGUUUGAUGCUUUGUUUGCCCGAGUCGCCUCGGUGGCUUUACUCGAAGAAGGAGAAGGUUCAGGCUAUUUCUGUGCUUUCGAAAAUCUAUGAUUCUGAUCGUUUGGAGGAGGAGAUAGAUUUGCUUGCCAGUGCUUCGACUGAAGAUCUGUGCUCCAAUCAGACUGUUAGCUACUUCGAUGUUUUUAGAUCCAAGGAAAUGAGGCAUGCAUUUUUGGCAGGAGCUGGUCUUCAGGCAUUUCAGCAAUUCACAGGAAUCAACACAGUAAUGUACUACAGUCCCACCAUCGUACAAAUGGCAGGCUUCUCCUCCAACCAGCUCGCCCUACUGCUCUCCCUCAUCAUUGCGGCCAUGAAUGCCGCCGGCACCAUCAUCGGAAUCCACCUGAUCGAUCGCUGCGGCCGACGCCGGUUAGCUCUGACCAGCCUCGUGGGCGUCUUCAUCUCCCUUCUCAUGAUCGCAGGAGCGUUCUUUCUCCAGUCAUCCGGCGUGAGAAGCUCGCUCCAUGGUUGCUGUGGAGCGAGUCAGGGAUGGCUUGCGGUGCUCGGUCUGGCUCUGUACAUCGUCUUCUUCGCGCCCGGCAUGGGUCCGGUUCCAUGGGCGGUGAACUCGGAGAUCUACCCGGAGGCGUAUCGGGGAGUUUGCGGAGGAAUGUCGGCAACUGUGAACUGGAUAUCGAAUCUGAUCGUCGCGCAGUUCUUCCUGUCGGUGGUGUCGCUCGUGGGAACAGGCGGGACUUUCCUGAUUAUUGCUGGGAUUGCAGUGAUGGCAUUUGUGUUUGUGUACGAGGUUGUACCGGAGACGAAAGGUUUGACAUUUGAGGAGGUGGAGAGGUUGUGGAAGGAGAAGGGAUGGGGUGAUGGUGGAGGUAGCAGCCAGCAGCCUCUGCUUCUUGGUGUGGCCUGAACAUGGACAAGCUAUUACUGGGGAGCAUUUACAUACACACCACACAAUUCUUUUGUAUUUAUAUGUUUGGCACGUAAACAUUCAUAUUGAGAGAUAUUGGUGAGUUUUAAGUCCCCUCAGGUCACGGAUUCGAGCCCGCCUCAGUAGAUCACUCUUGUAGCGCAGGAUCGAGUGGUUAGGCACAUCAGGGUGGCUGACGGCUCAUAAUAAAAAAAACAAUGAACAUGAUGAAUUAUAAAGCUUGAUCGGAUCGGGUGUUUACCCGUGGAAUCGCGGAGUUGUCUGCAAUCAGGGGAGACCUUCUGCACAGGAUGCAAUCCAGAAUCAAUUCUAGUAUUUAUUUUUAUGAUUUUGUAUUUUCUAAUUAGAUUAUUUUUUAUUAGGAGAGUUUUAUAAAUGUUAUGCUUUGGCUUUUUUUAGUUUUGAUGUUUUUUUUGAAAAUGAGAGAUUUUUCUAUGUUUUGUGCUCUUUGGAAUAUUGUAUCAUUUUCUUUUUGGAA